GAGACUCGCAGCCCGAAUGUGACACCCUCACCAUGGGAGACUCGCAGCCCGAAUGUGACGUUCUCACCCUGGGAGACUCGCAGCCCGAAUGUGACGCCCUCACCCAUGGAGACUCACAGCCCGUCUCUUUCGCCACUCGCCAUCGGAGACUCGCGGGCCGCGUCUGAUGCCCUCGCCAUCGGAGACUCGCGGGCCGCGUCUGACGCCCAUCGCCAUCGGAGACUCGCGGGCCGCGUCUGACGCCCUCGCCAUCGGAGACUCGCGGGCCGCGUCUGACGCCCUCGCCAUCGGAGACUCGCGGGCCGCGUCUGACGCCCUCGCCAUCGGAGAC